AUGCGGCGCUCCAGCACCGACGAGACCCCGUACCGGCGCAGCCCGUCCCUGGACAGCAAGCCCGACACGCCGCCGUUCACCUCCGGCUUCCACCGCUUCAGCGGGGAGUUCGAGUACAAGCGGCCGCCGUUCGCGUUCGGCUUCCACACGACCAAGGGCCCGCAGACGGCCAAGGGGCGCUACGCGCAGGGCAAGAAGUACGUGGUGUUUUACCUGGACCUGUCCUUCAUCUUCCUCCUAGAACUGCGCCGCUGCAGGAUGGCUGAGGGCUGCAUGAUGGCUCUGAGGUACGGGAUGGUCUUCUUCAACCUGCUCUUCUGGCUCGGAGGAUGUGGGAUCCUCGGCGUGGGCGUCUGGCUCUCGGUGACUCAGGGAAACUUCGCCACGCUGUCGUCGUCGCUGCCGUCGCUGUCGGCCGCCAACCUGCUCAUCGCCGUGGGAACCAUCAUCAUGGUGAUCGGCUGCCUGGGCUGCGUCGGCGCCGUCAAGGAGAGCCGCCCCCUGCUGCUCACCUUCUUCAUCCUCCUCCUGCUCAUCUUCUUCCUGGAGAUCCUGUCCAUCAUGCUGUUCUUCAUCUACCAGGACGAGAUCGACCAGUACGCUCAGACGGACCUGAAGAAAGGCCUGCAGCUGUUCGGCACCGACGGCAAUGUUGGACUGACCAACGCCUGGAUGAUCGUCCAGACCGACUUUCGCUGCUGCGGCGUAACGAACCACACCGACUGGUUCGAGGUGUACAACGCCACCCGAGUGCCCGACUCCUGCUGCCUGGAGUACAGCGACAACUGUGGCCUGGACAACCCGGGGACCUGGUGGACGGCG